AUGACACGGGCAACACCUACUCAUCUAAAUCUCACUGCAUGCCGCCCAUUUACAGAGGGCCAGUUGAAGGAGAGGCUGAACAUUCUGCUUGCUACACACAAAUCUCCUGAAGACUACUCCACAGAUCCCCUAUUGUUGCAUACCUGUAUUUUAAAGAACACCCUUUUUACAAGGCAAAAUUGUCCACUCUUUCCUCCCAUUUCCUCGCUCACGGGCAAUUUAUCUUUGCUACACGCACAACUUUUCUUAAUAAGCUUAUUAAUAUGUAUGCCAAGGAAAUUGUUUACCCACAUUAAAGAACGCGACAACGCCUCAUGGAGUACAAUUAUCGCAGCACACAGAAGAUCCGGGUACACUCACGAGGCAUUUCAGUAUAUGCACCACAGAUAUGCCAUCUCAUGGACUGCAAUCGUUGCAGGAUACAAGCAAAAUGUAUGUGUUGACAAAUCUUUCCAAAUUUUUAAUCAAAUGCAAUUGGCAGGCGUAAAUCAGAAUUCCACAACCUUUGCCAGUAUCCUACCUGUCUGUGCCAAAGCCAAAUUGGGACUUUGGAACAGAAUGCCUCAAAGAGAUGUCGUCUCAUGGAAUGCAGUGAUUGCAGGAUAUGCACAACACGGAUUUGUUGAUAAGGCUUUCGAAACUUUUAAGCAAGUGCAAUUGGCAGAUACAAACCAAACUCCAAAAUCUUUUGCCGGCAUCCUCCCUGCCUGUGCGAAAACCGGAGCUUUGGACCAGGGUAUGGAUAUCCAUAACAGCAUAAUGGAAGGGGGAUUUUUGUUAGAUAUUAUGGUUGGAAAUGCUCCAGUAGACAUGUAUGCAAAAUGUAGACGCAUAUAA